GAGUGUGUGUGUGUGAGUGUGAUGCAGACAACUCCUUUCGAUCUAUUUAUGCUGCAGGCUGAGAGAGCGCGAGAGAGAGAGAGAGAGAGCGAGAGAGAGAGAGAGAGAGAGCGAGAGAGAGAGGGAGAGCGAGACAGAGAAACAGAGUGAGUGAGGGAAUGAGAAUGAUACUCAGGUGAAUUGUGGACUGCUGGAAGAAAACAUUCACAGCCUGACACACGGAGGACAUUGUUACACACACACACACACACACACACACACAUACACACAUAUACACAAACGUGCACACACACACACACACACACACACACACACACACACACACACAUACAAUGGCGAGUUUUGGGAAGCUGAUUAAUCGGAGAGAUGGACGCCGCAGUGGAAGCUACUGCUGUAGUGCAGCUGAGGCCAGGUCAUUGGAGCGGCGUCUGCAGAGACCCCUGCUGGCCAAGUCUAGAACAUUACCCAGCAUCCCUCAGUCUCCCAUCGUGGGCCGCGUGCAUCAGAACUCUCAGCUGGUUGGAGGAAGUGAGCCCUGCUCCCAAUUGGCAUCUAGCCCCACCCACCUCAGCGCCUGCACACUGCCCCCUGCAGAUUAUGCGUGGCGAUUAGAAGAUGAUCAUGAAGGUGAAGAACAGCAGGUGGGAUCAGAUGUGAAGCUCCGCCCACACCCACAGUCACCAUUCUCCCAGCUGCAUAGCCGAGCUGCGUAUCUAAGAAAGAGUCUUUCCGUUGACGGCCAUCUGGGCGUGUCAGAGUAUGACUCCGCCCAGUCAGAGGGGCGUGGCUCACGGAGUAGCAAAGGAAAGCUGAAGAGGAAAUUUAGUCUUGGUUCUGCCGACAGAAAGGAGGCGAGACAGAGAAGGGUGGACUCUGGUAUUCUGCGUUUGACUCAGCGUCUCUCUGUAAAAGACAAGAAGCAGGAGAAGAGUUUCUACAGGAGGCGCUCUCUCAGCGUUGACUGGGCGGAGUCUAAGAUGGCUCAGAGGGUUCAGGAGCAUUGCCCACCAGCAAUGCGGAAAUAUUCAAGUCCCUCCUGUUCGUCUCCACCGAAUGCCGCACGCCGUCUCUAUAGAAACCUUUCUGGAAAAUUCCGCAUGGCAAAUUCAGAUGAGACGGAUAACAAGGAGCAGCUACGCAAAGCUAAUGCGUAUAACAGGGCAUUGUUUGAGGCAGUGGAACAGCAGGAUCUGGAUCUAGUGGAAUCACUCCUGAAGAACUUCAGCGUUGAAGAGCUGGACCUAAAUACACCAAACAGCGAAGGGCUUCUUCCUCUCGACAUCGCCAUCCUCACUAACAACGUCCCCAUGGCUAAACUGUUACUGCAGAGGGGUGCUAAAGAGAGCCCGCACUUUGUGAGUCCUGAGGCAAGGGCAGUACAUCUGGUUGCCUUGGUGAAGGAGGCGGAGCUACGUGUGUCUGAACUGGCUGCCCAGGUGAAGGGGGCGGAGCUACGUGUGUCUGAACUGGCUGCCCAGGUGAAGGGGGCGGAAUCAACAGACGAGGGAGCUGACACAGAUAGAGAAAGGCAGCUGAAGGCAUGGGAGUGGAGACUCCGCCUCUACAAACGCAUGCAGACAGGAUACACACAUGCUAGCCCCCCCGACCCACCCAGCUGUGUACGUCUCUCCGUCAGCAGCUCUUCAAGUCUUAAAGUUAAUUUUCAGGAGCCGCUGUGCCUCAACGCUGCUAUCAUCACCAAAUACCGUGUGGUGUGGAGCUCUUCUCCUUCCUUUUCUCCACUGCUUGGUGAGAUUGUGAUUGAGGACACAACGCUACUGCAAUGUGACAUCACAGGCCUCCGAGCUGAUGUACAUUAUUAUGUUCAGGUGUUUGCGUAUAACAUGAAGGGAUGGAGUGAACCUCAGAUAUCUGUACCUGCCUGUGCUACUCCAUCAGGAUGGAGGGAUGUGGACGGUCGCGUGCCAAGGUUAAACGGCCUCACUGAGACGCUGCUCCAGAUCCUGGGACAGAUUAAAGACUCGCACCAGCACUGUGUGUGUCACGAUCAGUGCAAGGGACCAGCAAAUAUCAGGAAGCACUCCGUCUCUAAAAGCCUGAGACAUCUCUUCCAGCCCACCAGCAAAUUCGUCAAAAGUCUUAAAAGGGGUUUGUACGUAGCCUGCGUGUUUUAUAAAGACGACAGCGUUGUGGUCACGGCGGAGGAGCAGCUGCCCAUCGUAGAGGUGGACGAUUCUUACAGCUCCCUCACGCACGACUUUCUGUGGUUCACCAAGGUGACGUAUUUGUGGGAGGAGAUUCUGUGGCUACAGCAGUGUGCUAGCUCCACCCACCCAUCCUGCUCCUGCACCCUGCAGACCCGCCUUAAACUUCUACAAGCUCUAACACAGCUUCAGGCUCUGUUAGGCACUCAGGACCUGGGCCAGGUGUACUUCGAGCCCCUGCGUGAUAAGCACGGUAACGCCCUCUUAGUGUUACUGCGUGAUUUGGGCGGAUGUUCAGAUCUGGACACACAGCGAUGGUCUAAACUCUGUAAACUCCAGCUGCAGCGCAAAUCCACCAGCUGUGCGGACGAACCUACAGCCCUCGACACACUCCUCAUCACCCUGCACGAGAAGCUUGCCUAUCAUAAGCGCAGUAGGAAGAUGCUCUCUCCUGGACUCUAUCUGGGUUAUAUGAAGCUCUCCAGCUCUGUGGAACAGAUCAGAGUUUUGGUUCCUCAGAAAAUCCCCAAUGUGUUCUGCCAUGUCAAAAUACGAGACAACAGCCACGUCUCCAGGGAGGAGUGGCAGUGGCUGCAGUCAGUACGUUCUCUGGAAGACACUCAGGAUGUGUACGCUAACGAGGAAAACGCUGCACAUCGCCUCUUACUGGAGUUACGCAGCGCUGCCAACGAGCUGAUUGGCCGCAUCAAUAUUCCAAACAACCAGGCUCAGGAUUUUCGUAUUUACGUUCACGAUGUGCUUGAAUUCGGAGAGGGCGUGUCCUUCCUCUUGCUCCUCCCACCAUAUGAAGAAGUGUGUACGCCUCCUGGGCAAAACAACUUCUCCCCUCGAUCUGGAUUUUUUACCCUACCUCUGCAGAUCUUUGAGCUGGUUCAUUUUGGAGCGUACUGUCCCACUUUUAUCGGACAGUACUGCCGUGCGUCAGCCAUCUUGGAUCUGGAGUCCCUCAUUUCCCAGCAGGCUUUGCGGGAGGCGUUCUCAGAGUCCGAGCUGCUCACUGCCAAGCAGAGACAUCAGAAAAUCCAGGAGCUCUUACAGCAGGUGGAUGAGGUUUGGCGUGAGGCUCGUUGGAUGGUGGAGGUGUUACAAUUCGCCCGUUAUAAACAACAGCGUGUUGGUGUGAAUCUUGGCUCCAUCAUCGACUUUAGCAAGGAGAACAUUGUUGAAAAAACACCUUCUACGUCUUCCCAGCCCGACUAUCUCCCUUCACCUGCCCCCUCACCUGUCGAAUCACCUGCCCCUUCACCUGAUAGUGGCCGCAAAUACCCCGAUCCUCUGUCUGAUGAUGAAGGUUCCUUGGAGGUCUUCCUUACUCCAGACAGUGAUUACAGCUCCAGCCCAAGAGAACUUGACCUCCUUCCACCAUCACAUCCUCUCCCUUACACACACACUCUUGCUCAGCCUGAUGUGCUGUGCUCAGGGGGCGGAGUCAGAGCGGGGACAGAGCUGAUAGACAGUGACUUUGUCCUGCCAAGUCGUCAGAUCGAGCUGCUGCGCAUCACAGAGAAAAAAACGGCAUUGUGUGUGCGGACCAGCAGCCUUGAAGCCCCGCCCACUCAAUCAGUGACAACACCAAACGCCUCCCCUUCAAAAGUUUGGGCACACCCCGGACCUGUACGCUCCCUAUCGGAGGACAGCGGGAGGAAACAGAACUCCUCCCACUGCAGAAACGCAACUCACAGAUCCUGCUACUCAACAGUCAGGAUUUACCCACAAUACCACACGGGGCUUCCCAAGGAGACUAGCGUUAAGCUGAGAGUGACGAUACACACCACGGCGAGGGAGAUGGUGCAGCUGGUGGUUCAGGAGAUAAACGGACUGUGUGCACGUCUCCAGAGCGCGGCCCGGCAGUGUGUGUGUCCUGCGCAGGUGUGUGUGUGUGGAACGGAAGUGUGUGUGUAUGCGUCAGAGCAGCUGGACCACUUUGCACUCGUGCUGCUCACGGAGGGACGGGAGAAAUGGCUGCAGGAUGAGUUCUGUCCUCUCACACUCCAGAACCCGUGGACUCAUGGCAGACUAUGUGUACGAUUUAAACAGUGUUCCCCUCUUGCUCUACAGCAAGGCAGAGCCACUGCAGUGUAGCUACACACACUCACACACACACACUCACACACACACACACAGAGAGAGUUACAUUAACAGAAUAAUUUAUAGGCAAUAUGAGUUAUGAGAACAGUGGCUUUAGAAUAGACAGACCAGAGAGAACUAAUGAAAACUGACCAGAACUUGGCUAAAUUACUUCCAGCUGAACAGAACUGAACAGAACCAGGCAGAACUGGACUUUUUCAGAACUGCAUAUCACUUCCACACUGUCCAUAGACAUGUGGGUGACUGUAAUGUACCUGUGAUGUAAUUAACCCAUCUGUUUACACACACACACACACACACACACACACAGUCGUAAUGUUUUAAAUACACUUGGAACAGACGUGAAAACUUUCACCCACAGUUCUGUUGAAUGUUCUGAAGAGGAGCAACUCGAUGAUGUCAUCAAAUGAUUAUCAGCCAAUCGCGUACAGUCUUAAUGCACACAUUCAGCACAAACAUACACUAGGUACAUGAAAACACACUCUAUACCAUCAUCUCUGAUCAUCUCUGAUCAUCAGCACCAGUCACACUCUAGAACCACUCUCAGGAUUAUAUGAGCAUUUUAAAACCAUAGUGAGGAUUAUAGAGCCACACUGACCAUUCUAAAGCCAUGCUGAGAAUUUUAGAACCGUAGUGAGGAUUCUAGAGCUACACUGUGGAUUCUAGAGCUAUGUUGUUGGUUGUAGAACCAUAAAUAGAAACAUAGGGCCACACUGAAUAUUGUAGACCACACUGAGGAUUUUAGAACCACAAUGGGGAUUCUAGAGCCGCACUGAGAAUGGUAGUGCACAAUUCUAGAUUCUGACUGGGCAUUCUAGAUUCUGACCAGGCAUUCUAGAGCUGCACUGAGGAGUUUAGAACCGUAAAGAGCUAGAAACAUUAGAUGUGCUAAUGAUUUAGAACCUUAAUGAGCAUUUUAAUAAGCAUUCUAGAACCACACUGUGGAUUCUAGAGCUAUGUUGUUGGUUGUAGAACCAUGAAGAGAAAUAUAGGGCCACACUGAAUAUUCUAGACCACACUAAGGAUUUUAGAACCAUAAUGAAGAUUCUAGAGCCACACUGAGAAUGGUAGUGCACACCAGGCAUUCUAGAUUCUGACCAGGCAUUCUAGAGCGGCUCUGAGGAGUUUAGAACCGUAAUGAGUAUUAUAGAGCCACACUGUGGAUUCUAGAGAUUCACAGAGGGUUUUAGAAUGGUAAUGAGAAUUCUAGAGCGACACAGAGCAUUCUAGAGCUGCACUGUGAUUUUAGAACCAUCAUGAGCCUCUAGAGAUGUGCUAAUGAUUUAGAACCUUAAUGAGCAUUUUAAUAAGCAUUCUAGAACCACACUCAGCAUUCUAGGUCUGUGCUGAGGAUUUUAGAACCACAGUAAGCAUUCCAGAACUGGAUCAUAUAACCACACUGAGAAUUCUGGUGCUGCACAGAGGAAUCUGUGGGUUUUAGAAUCACAACAGAGACUUUUUUUAAGUAUCAGAUUAAAGAAAUACACUGAUAUACGGCUCAUCUCUAACUGGUAAAUGCAGUGAGCUCAGUGUGGAUCCAGACGUCUAACGCUUAAUGAAGUAUUUUUUAUCAUAGUGAUUUGUUGACAAAUAACUCUUCCUCUUUGCCAUUCCAGUGGGUCUGGAAAACAAAACGACUCGUUUACUCUGUGUUCCUGUUUAAAUUCUCCAUACUGGGUGAAUGCACUGAAAACUCAUGGAUUAGACUAAAUACGCACCAGUUAUUACUAUGAAAUGUAAAGUAAGAUGAUUUUUAUUUUCAAGUUCACACAUCCGUCUGCUGGCGGUUGGCCGUCGGCUAGCAGACGAACGACAGUCUUACACUGAGUAAACGCUGUGAUGUUAUUUAAAUGCUCUGACGUCAGUGUAUAACAAGGGUCAUUCAGUUUAAGAGGAUUUUCAGAAAUAUUGACUACACUUUUUGCACUGUACUUUUGAAAAUGUUUUUCUUUACCACACAGAAUGGAUGAUCUUCCUGAUCCACAGUGUGUGUGUGUGUGUGUGUGUGUGUGUGUGUGUGUGAGAAAGAGAGAGAGAGAGAGAUUCUUAACCACUCCAUUCAGGAUUAUUAUGAAUUUAUCAGUUUGGAUAAUUUGGUGAUCAGGUAAUAUGAGGAUGAACUAACCUUCCACUAGCUGAGCAGAACUUCCUAUCUGUUAAUUCUGUGUGUGUGUGUGUGUGUGUGUGUGUGUGUGUGUGUGUUUUAGAAUCUGGCAGUGUAGAUUUAUUUUCACUGGAUUGAUCUGGAAUCAUCACCACUGGUGUACAGUAAAGUUUUACACUGGAGACAUGAAACUGGCUGCUGUUCAUCUCUCUCUCUCUCUCUCUCUCUCUCUCUCUCUCUCUCACACACACACACACACACACAAAAUGAUAUUAAAACAUUAUUUUUAACCACAAAGUUUGAGAGUUUAACUCCAAGCAGAGGAUUCUAGAUCCACACUGAGAAUUCAAGAGGCAUGAUGAGGAUCCUAGCUGAAGAUCCUAGAACCACCAGAGAAUUCUAGAGCUGCAUGGAGGAUCUUGUGCUACAGAGGGGAACCUAGAACCACACUGAGGGUUUUCAAGCUACACCAAGAAUUCUAGAGCCGCAGGAAGGGUCCUAGACGUAAAGUACGGUUUUAGGUCUACACUGAGUGCCACACUGAUGACACUAUCACCACAGUGAAGAAUCAAGAGUAUCAAGGAUUAUAGAGCCAGACUAAGUAUCGUAGACCCACAUGGAGGAUUCUAGAGAUGCACUGAGUAUCCUAGAACCACACUAAGAAUUCUGAGAAUACUGUAAACACACUGACAAUUCUAGAGCCACAAUGAUGACACUAUAAACAGACAGAGGAUUCUAGGGCUGCACUGAGGAUACAAGAAACACUAACACACUGAAAAUUCUGUAGCCACCCUGAGGAUAGUAGAAAAACACUCUGUAUUCUAGAGCAGGAUCAAGGAUUAUAGAGCCUCCCUGAGUAUCUUAGAACCACACUGAGGAUUAUAGAGCUGCACUUUGACUACUAUACUGAGGAUUCCAGAGCUGCACUGAGUAUUCUGUAACCACACUGAGGAUUCCAGAGCUGCACUGAGGAUUCUGUAACCACACUGAGGAUUCCAGAGCUGCACUGAGGAUACUGUAACCACACUGAGGAUUCCAGAGCUGCACUGAGGAUUCUGUAACCACACUGAGGAUUCCAGAGCUGCACUGAGGAUACUGUGGCCACAAUGAGGAUUCUAGAGC